AUGUCCAGUGGGGGUAGGUUUAAUUUUGACGAUGGAGGGUCCUACUGUGGAGGCUGGGAGGACGGCAAGGCGCACGGCCAUGGCGUCUGCACCGGCCCCAAGGGCCAAGGCGAAUACACCGGCUCGUGGAGCCACGGCUUCGAGGUGCUGGGCGUCUACACCUGGCCCAGCGGCAACACGUACCAGGGCACCUGGGCGCAGGGCAAGCGCCACGGCAUCGGCCUGGAGAGCAAGGGGAAGUGGGUGUACAAGGGCGAGUGGACGCACGGAUUUAAGGGGCGCUACGGGGUGCGGGAGUGCACGGGCAACGGGGCCAAGUACGAAGGGACCUGGAGCAACGGGCUGCAGGACGGCUACGGCACCGAGACCUACUCGGAUGGAGGGACCUACCAGGGCCAGUGGGUCGGCGGCAUGCGCCAAGGCUACGGCGUGCGGCAGAGUGUCCCCUACGGCAUGGCGGCGGUCAUCCGCUCGCCCCUGAGGACGUCCAUCAACUCUCUGCGCAGUGAGCACACCAACGGCGCGGCGCUGCACCCCGACGCGUCCCCGGCGGUGGCGGGCAGCCCGGCCGUGUCCCGGGGGGGCUUCGUGCUGGUGGCGCACAGCGACUCCGAGAUCCUCAAGAGCAAGAAGAAGGGGCUGUUCCGGCGCUCGCUGCUGAGCGGGCUGAAGCUGCGCAAGUCGGAGUCCAAGAGCAGCCUGGCCAGCCAGCGCAGCAAGCAGAGCUCCUUCCGCAGCGAGGCGGGCAUGAGCACGGUCAGCUCCACGGCCAGCGACAUCCACUCCACCAUCAGCCUGGGCGAGGGCGAGGCCGAGCUGUCGGUCAUCGAGGACGACAUCGACGCCACCACCACCGAGACCUACGUAGGCGAGUGGAAGAACGACAAGCGCUCGGGCUUCGGCGUGAGCCAGCGCUCGGACGGGCUGCGCUACGAGGGCGAGUGGGCGGGCAACCGGCGGCACGGCUACGGCUGCAUGACCUUCCCCGACGGCACCAAGGAGGAGGGCAAGUACAAGCAGAACGUGCUCCUGAGCGGCAAGCGCAAGAACCUGAUCCCACUGCGCGCCAGCAAGAUCCGCGAGAAGGUGGACCGCGCCGUGGAGGCGGCAGAGCGCGCGGCCACCAUCGCCAAGCAGAAGGCGGAGAUCGCGGCCUCCAGGACCUCCCACUCGAGGGCCAAGGCCGAGGCGGCCCUCACGGCAGCCCAGAAGGCCCAGGAGGAAGCGCGGAUCGCCAGGAUCACUGCCAAAGAGUUCUCACCUUCCUUCCAGCACAGGGAAAACGGGCUCGAGUACCAGCGGCCGAAGCAUCAGCUCUCCAGUGACGACAUCGAGGUGAUCUCCACGGGGACGCCCCUGCAGCAGGAGAGCCCCGAGCUGUACCGCAAAGGCACUACCCCUUCAGACCUGACCCCCGACGACAGCCCCCUGCAGAGCUUCCCUGCCAGCCCCUCGGCCACCCCGCCCCCAGCCCCCGCCACAAGGAACAAGGUCGCCCACUUCUCCCGGCAGGUCUCGGUGGAUGAAGAGCGAGGUGGGGACAUCCAGAUGCUCCUGGAGGGCCGGGGAGGGGACUACGCCCGCAACAGCUGGGGCGAGGAGAAGGCCGGGGGCUCCAGGGGCAUCCGCAGUGGCGCCCUCCGAAGCAGCCAGCCCGCAGAUGACUUCCGCGCCCGGGGCUCGGGCCACAAGCAGCCCAGUAACCCCAAGCCCCGGGAGCGGCGGACGGAGUCGCCCCCCACGUUCUCCUGGACUUCCCACCACCGAGCCGGCAACCCCAGCUCUGGGGGCGCCAAGCUGCUGGAGUUGGACGAGGAGAAGCUGAGCAACUACGAGAUGGAGAUGAAGCCGCUGCUGAGGAUGGACGCGUACAUGCAGGACGUGCACCCCCAGAAAAGACGCUACAGCAAGGGGGGGGCCUGCCGGGGCCUGGGGGAGGACCACCGCUCCGAGGACCGGGGCUUUGGGGCGCAGAGACUGAGGUCCAAGGCCCAGAACAAGGAGAACGUCAGGCCGGCCUCAUGCGCAGAGCCGGCCGUGCAGAGACUGGAGAGCCUGCGGCUGGGGGACAGGGCUGAGCCCCGGCUGCUGCGCUGGGACUUGACCUUCUCCCCACCCCAGAAGUCCUCGCCUGUGGCACUGGAGUCAGACGAGGAGAACGGGGACGAGCUCAAGUCCAGCACGGGCUCCGCUCCCAUCCUGGUGGCCAUGGUGAUCUUGCUCAACAUCGGAGUCGCCAUUUUGUUUAUUAACUUUUUCAUCUGA